AUGCCACCGAAAAAAGGAACUAAACCUCCACCGAAAAAUAAUGAUGAAAAAAAAACAGGCAAGAAGGAAUCGAAAGGUGCGAGUGCUGUGAAAGUUCGGCAUAUUUUAUGUGAAAAACAGGGAAAAGCAUUGGAAGCUAUUGAAAAGCUGAAAUCUGGUAUGAAGUUUAAUGAAGUUGCUUCCGCUUAUAGUGAGGAUAAGGCAAGAUCUGGUGGCGAUCUCGGUUGGAUGAAUCGUGGCUUAAUGGUUGGAACAUUUCAAGAUAUAGCGUUUGCUCUUCCCGUGAGUACAAUUGAUAAGCCUAUUUAUAACGACCCUCCUAUCAAAACUCAGUUUGGUUAUCAUGUGAUAAUGGUUGAGGGAAAACGAUGA